AUGGCCGCGGCCGCGCUCCUCCGCCGCGUCCCCGCCGCGCGCGCCCCCUGCGCGGCCCUCAUGGCGGCGGCGCGCCCGAUCUCCGACUCCACGGCGCCGCUCACCAUCGAGACCUCCAUGCCCUUCACGGCCCACAUCGUCGACCCGCCCUCGCGCGACGUCGCCACCACCCCCGCCGAGCUCGUCGCCUUCUUCCGCGACAUGUCCCUCAUGCGCCGCAUGGAGAUCGCCGCCGACUCGCUCUACAAGGCCAAGCUCAUCCGCGGCUUCUGCCACCUCUACGACGGCCAGGAGGCCGUCACCGUCGGCAUGGAGGCCGCCAUCACCCGCAAGGACUCCAUCAUCACCGCCUACCGCGACCACUGCAUCUACCUCUCCCGCGGCGGCGACCUCGUCACCGCCUUCGCCGAGCUCAUGGGCCGCCAGGUCGGGUGCUCGCGCGGCAAGGGCGGAUCCAUGCAUUUCUACAAGAAGGACGCCAACUUCUACGGCGGCCACGGGAUCGUCGGCGCACAGGUGCCCCUGGGAUGCGGACUCGCCUUCGCGCAGAAGUACAGGAAGGAGGACAGCGUAUCCUUCGCGUUGUACGGCGAUGGUGCCGCCAACCAGGGCCAGCUCUUCGAGGCGCUCAAUAUUUCCGCACUGUGGAAGCUGCCCGCCAUUCUGGUCUGCGAGAACAACCAUUAUGGGAUGGGAACCGCUGAGUGGAGGGCGGCCAAGAGCCCCUCGUACUACAAGCGUGGAGACUAUGUGCCUGGACUGAAGGUCGACGGAAUGGAUGUUCUUGCUGUGAAGCAGGCUUGCAAAUUUGCGAAGGAGCAUGCCAUUGCAAAUGGCCCAAUUGUUCUUGAAAUGGACACCUACAGAUACCACGGCCACUCUAUGUCUGACCCAGGAAGCACUUACCGUACCAGGGAUGAGAUCUCAGGUGUCAGACAGGAGCGUGAUCCAAUUGAAAGAGUUAGAAAGUUGCUCUUGGCUCAUGACCUAGCAACCCCUGCUGAGCUCAAGGACAUGGAGAAAGAAAUUAGGAAAGAAGUCGACACUGCCAUCGCUAAGGCCAAGGAAAGUCCUAUGCCCGAUGUUUCUGAGCUCUUUACGAAUGUAUAUGUCAAAGGUUUCGGCGUGGAGUCAUUUGGCGCAGACAGAAAGGAGUUGAGAGCUACACUCCCAUAGGUCGCCAACCUGAAGGACACUCUUCUUCUAUAGGAGGAGAUACCGAGGAGAAAUAAGUAUUGCUGAACAAAACCCUUGGGCAUUGCUGGCAGUUUUUGUUGCAAAACGAACCUGUAUAGAGAUGCGAUGUCAGGAGGAUCCGCUCCUUAUUUGUUUUGCUUUUUUUUUCCUUUUCUUUUCUGCAAUUCAGUUUAACAACUGCUGGUUGGCUUUGUAUUGAGGCCAGUGAUUUGUCCUGCAUAAUCGCUUCUGUUUGCAAAAUCAUGAGGUGGAAAACUAAAAGUUCGCUCCUGUUGCAA